CCCAGAGCUGCUCCCGGCCCCCAGCGAGGUCCCCUGGCCCCGGCUCCUCUCCUCUUCCUCCCCUUCUCAACUCAGGGAAAGCUGCUCCCAUUCCCUGUGCCCCAGCCAGGGCAGGACACGGGGCAGGAGGCCCCAUCCCUGGCAGUGCUCAAGGCCAGGUUGGACACAGGGGCUUGGAGCAAGCUGCUCCAGUGGAAGGGGUCCCUGCCUGUGGCAGGGGUUGGAGCUGGGUGAGCUUCAAGGGCCCUCCCAACCCAAACCAGGCUGGGAUGCUGGGAUUCUAUGGCACAGACACCCAUGGCAGGGGGUCAAAGGCUUCCACCCUCACCCUCCCCACAGCCCCACCACUGAUUACCCUGGGCUUUGAGGCUAAUGCCCAACACCUGACCAGCUUAUUCUCCUGAGUCUAUUAUCAGCUUUAGGACCAAAGACAUCUGCUCCCCAGCACCCUUCUGCAUUGCUGAAGGAGUCCUCAAGCCUGGAGCAGGAGACCAAGACCGCAGCCAACGGCAUCUCCCCUUGGAUGGGUCUCUGAGCAUCUCCACUGCUGAGAGGGGCAGCGCCUCGUCCCCAGAGGGCAGAAUGGCUCAGGACAUGACAGAGAAGGAGCUGCUGAAGAUGGAGCUGGAUCAGCUGAAGAAGGAGGUGAAGAACGAGAGGCAGAUGAUCUCCAAGACCGGCAAAGAGCUCAAGGAGUACAUCGAGUCCAUGGCAGGAGAGGACCCGCUGCUGAAAGGAGUCCCCGAGGACAAGAACCCCUUUAAGGAGAAGGGUGGCUGCACAAUAAGCUGACCCCACUGCUGCUGUCACCGCGGGGCACAGGGACGCUCCCGUGUGCAAGCCAAGACUGUCCAACCCUGCUUUCCCUGUAGUCUGCCCUCGGCACCGGGGAGUCCGGAACCCAAGCGUAGCGCACCUCAGGGCCAGCAAGAGCAGCAAAGCAAAGAAGAGCCCCCCCCCUUACCCCAGUGGCACGGAGAUGAGGUUCAGCAGCCAGCACGGCGCCGGCUCUCGUGCUCCCACAGCUCAGCUGCCCUCGGCUUCCUGCAGGCAAAACUUCUGCAUUCGGAGCAGGCAGCAGCACCCUGGGCUCUACCGAAACCACGGCGCUGGGCUCAAGCAGCCCAGGUCCGGAGCUGAGCCCCGCUUGCUGCAGCAGAGCCGUGCCCGAGUCAG